AUGUCGGGAGGCGCGCUGGCCCUCGGACAGCCUGUCCUCAUCCCCUUCAGCAUGGCCAGACGGCUAGGAGGGCAGCAAGGACCGGUCCUCACACUGCCCACUGUGAAUCUCACCGACAUCCAAGGGCUGGUAGCAGCAGCUGCGGCUGGAGGCAUUAUGACUCUGCCACCGCAAACUCUACGAGAUAACCCACUGUGUUCCUGUGUCAGUUUCAUUGAAGCAACCACCCAGUUUGUGGUACAGCAGCUCUCGCAAACUAAUACACUAAAUACUGCUAUUGAAUGUCUGGGGACCGGGGCCUUUUGUUUGGAGCGGCGGCGGGGCCCCCUCCCCGCUUCCCCUGCUCGCUCGGUCCGGGCUGCCCCUCGCGGGGGUAGGGGGGCCGCCCCCCCUGGGCCGGGCCUCGUCUCAGGUGCCCCCGCCCCGCCCGGCCCGAGGGGAGGACCCGAGGCUGCCUCUCGCCCUCGGGUCGACGCCAUUAAGAUCAAGGAUGCCAAGAACCCCUCUUCCCCAUGGUUUGGCAUGGACAUCGGGGUAACUCUGGUAAAGCUCUCAUAUUUUGAACCUAUCGAUAUCACAGCAGAGGAAGAACAAGAAGAAGUUGAGAGCUUAAAAAGUAUCUGGAAAUAUCUGACUUCUGACGUAGCCUGUGGAUCCACUGGUAUUCGGGAUGCACGCCUUGAACUAAAAGAUUUAACACUUUUUGGCCGGAGAGGGAACCUGCACUUUAUCAGAUUUCCAACCCAGGACCUGCCUGCUUUUAUCCAAAGAGGAAGAGCGAAAAACUUCUCAACACUACACACGGUGCUACGUGCUACAGGAGGCGGUGCUGACAAGUUUGAAAACGGUUUUCGCACAGCUGGAAACCUCCACCGGCACAAACUGGAUGAACCUGCCUGCCUUGUAAAGGGCCCGCGGUACACAGAUGCUGUCGGUUUCCAUGGACUGGCAGAGCGCUAUUAUUUUGCUAAUGCCUCAGAACCUGAGAGAUGCCGAAAGAUGCCUUUCAACCUGGCUGACCCCUAUCCACUGCUGGUAGUAAACGUUGGUUCCGUCAGUAUUUUAGCAGUCCAUUCCAAAGACAACGAUAAACGAGCAACUGGGACAAGCCCUGGAGGGGGUACCUUUCCGGGUUUAUGUAGUUUAUUGACUGGCUGGGAAAGUUUUGAAGAGGCUCUUGAAAUGGCAUCCAAAGGUGAGAGUACCCAAGCUGACAAGCUGGUCCGUGAUGCUUAUGGAGGAGAUUUUGAAAGAUUUGGAAUGUCUGGUUGGGAUGUAGCAUCUAGUUUUGGGAAUAUGAUUUAUAAGAAGAAACGAGAAUCUGUCGGUAAAAAAGAUCUAGCAAGAGCUACGUUAGUUACUAUCACCAACAACAUCGGUUCUGUGGCACGAAUGUGUGCUGUUAAUGAAAAAAUAAACAGAGCUGUCUUUGCUGGAAACUUUAUUGUCAGUUCUCUCUCGAAACUUUUGGCAUAUGUCCUGGAUUAUUGGUCAAGAUGUCAACUGAAAGCACUGUUUCUAGACCAUGAGGGGUGUUCUGGAGCAGUUGGUGCACUUCUUGGGCUGCCAAAUUUCAGCUAAAGCAUCGGGUUUCUCUCUGUUAAAAAAUGUCAUUCGAGAGCAACUGAAAACCAGAGGUGUAAUUACUGCAUUAUUUGUCACUGGGAACCAAAGGAUAAAAGAGUAGCACUAAUCCUCUUGAUUUUUAAGUGUCAGAAUGGUAAGGUGCUAUAUGUUGCCAUAUUAAACAGAGAGCUCCAGUAAUGUAAAGUAUUUCUAAGUGAAAUGCUUUCCCUUCUGUAUAUAGCCAGUGUUAAAUCCUUAAAUGCAAUACAGCCUCUGAUGAUUGAACCUCCUCUGAAAAAGAUCUUCUAUUUAUUUUAUUUUAUGUAGCCAACAUUGCAGUACUGUAUGUUCAAACAUGAAUCUUAAAGUCUCAGAA